CUUCCUCUAUGCUAGUUGAGCAGCACUCGAGCUGACAUGACUCUCCGCCACAUCACAAGCCUUCCGUAUGCGCCAGAAGCAAUUACUGUACCAAAACAAGAGCAUGUAGAUCACUGAGGUAAUUCAUCAUGGAACACAACGAGUCUUUGUACGUCCCUCCAGUUUUCAGAACGGCCAGCCUGGUGUUUUAUGGCUUCAUAUUCUGUGUGGGUCUAGUGGUCAAUUUUACGGCCCUUUGGGUCUUUGCCCUUACCACAAAAAGAAGAAGCUCCGUCACUAUCUACAUGAUCAAUGUGGCUGUGGUGGAUCUUAUCUUCAUUCUACUGCUACCCUUCCGCAUGGCUUACUAUAGCAUGGAUUUCUGGCCAUUUGGAGACAUGUUCUGCAGGAUCAAUGCUGCUCUGACUGUUCUCUACCCCUGUCUAGCUCUCUGGCUGUUCGCCCUUGUUAGCGCUGACCGCUAUGUAGCUAUAGUGCAGCCGCGACACAGCAAGGUGUUGAAGAACGUAAACAAGGCCAUGCUGUCGUGCGCAGGCGUGUGGAUAAUGACCCUCGGUGGCACAGCCCCACUGCUCUUUCUUGAGGAAGAUCCAGACCAGUUUUCCAACCACACCACCUGCCUGAAGAUGCACGACAUUGUCUACCUGAGGCGGGACAACCCUGUCCACUUCACUCGUCUGGGUUUCUUUUUCUUGGUGCCCAUGUUUAUUAUGGUGGGCUGCUACAUCGUCAUCGUAGACAACCUCAUACAUGGCCGGACAUCCAAGCUGAAGCCAAAAGUAAAACAAAAGUCCAUCCGCAUCAUCAUCACACUUAUCGCCCAGGUGCUCGUGUGCUUUGUGCCUUUCCAUAUCUGCUUUGUGUUCCUGCUUUUGGAAGACAGCAGCCAGGACUACAGCACCUGGGGUGCCUUCACCACAUUCCUAAUGAACAUGAGCACAGUGCUGGACAUCAUACUUUACUACAUUGUGUCCAAGCAGUUCCAGGACCGAGUGAUCAGCGUGAUCCUCUACAGGAACUACCUAAGAAGUGUGCGCAGGAAGAGCCGGCACACAGGCAGCGUUCGCUCCCUCAGUAAUCUGACCAGUGCAAUGAUCUGAGGAACAGUGCCACUGGGAAUCACCAUCUUCUAAUGAGUCAUGCACAUAGUUCAGUUAAUUAAAAUAUUUUAAAAAGAAUGUUCAGAAAGAAGAAAGAAGCAAUCCUAACUAUAGUUAAAGCACUUGAAAUUUUGAGAUCACCAGUGUUGGAAUUUAGGGCUGUUCAAUGUCAGAAAUUUUGGAGUUGACUCUCAUUUGGAUUCCAAGUGCUAGAAAUCAAUGGAAUCAAUUCCAGGAGUCAAUUCUGCUAAGUAAAUUAACUUGACUAACAGGGGCUAACUAAGUUGUAGCUGAUUCUCCUCUAAUAAUUCCUUCAGAUAGAUGUGGAUAAAUGUUUUGGCAGUGGCAACAUUGUCUGAUUGUAAGCCAAAGUUGCAUUUAAGUUUGACUUUUUGUCUAAAGUAAUUCUUGUGGUCUAGACAAUGACAUAAGAAUAUCAAUGACAUAAAAAUAUCUCAAUAUCUCACGCUCUGUGAGCAUCCGAGGGCAGGCAUCUUGGACAUCAGCGUGUCCAAGCUUUGGAGUUGACUCAUGAUUCCCCAACGCCUGGAAUCAAGGAACUUAUCCUCCCAGCCGGAAUGGCAUUAUAUUAUAGCCAGCAAGAAGACAUCACUGUAUAAAAAACAGGAACUUCUUCUAUGAUUUUUUUUUUCUAUGAGCUCAGCAAGAGCUUAAUUUAUCAAACUGUAACCAGAAAUAUCCAAAUGUGCAAAUGAUGUUCCCUUUUUAUGGGAUGCAAAUGUGAACCAAGCUUAUAAUUAACUACUUCUCAUAGAAAGCAAUCAAGAGACAAUAUCUGCAGCACUCCAGAAUAUUUUAGGGAGGCAUCUAAUGUACUCACAAAUAUAUGUAGUAUUUGAAAUAUAACAUUUUUACUAACAUUAUUUACUCAUAUAAUUCAUGAUGUCAGUAUUAAAUCCUUUCAGGGAUAUAAUACAUCAUUUGCAUGAUUUGAGGGUUAAAAUCAGUACAUAAAAGAUACUUAAUAUGUGGGCAAUAAUGAUAGCUUCAAUGAGCACACUUAUAGCUGUAGUUCAGUCUUUUUUGUACUUCCUGAAAUCCUUACCUUUGUCCAAGAAUGGACUUAAUUUAAAAAGCUUUGCACAGACUGCAAAAAAUGUAAUAUGAAAUUAUAAGCACUUUAUAGCUGUUGUAAGUACUGUACUUAUGUGUACUGGGAAGUCCCAUAGUGAAUAUAUACAAACAGAACAGUGCUUUUGCUGCCUCAAAAAAUGUACUGAAUUUUUAAGGCCCUACUGAAGUCCUCAUUUUAUCUAGACAAAAAAUUGAUCUAUGCUUUAAGACAUUAGUAAAAACAAGACCAUUCCACAAAGGGCUGCAUAACGAAUAGUAUCUAUAGUAUGGCAUUUGUUCUAUAUCAGUAUGUGUAUUAUUUUGUUUCAAUAGGCUUUAUGUUCUUUAAUCUGCCAGGUGGUGGCACCAUUGUACAGAGCUGCCACUGUACUUUUCAGAGUAUUGCUGUAACCCAUUUUUACCAGCAGGUGGAGCCAUUUGACAGCAGACCCAAGAAAGCAGAUCAUAGGAAACCUUAGAGCUGCCUUCAGGGUCAUUGUAAGGUGUGAAGAAAGUGGUGUGGGGCCACUGUAUGCAUUUAUGGCUUGGGCUUGUGACAUUGCCCAUCUAACCUAUCUUUGCUUCAUGUAGAAUAUCUUAUUUUCACUGAUUGUUUUUAUUUCCUUAGUGCCUCUGAAUGCCACUGUUACUGUAUAAACAUACUGUAUGACAGUCUGUAUAAUUGUUUACUGUCAUAAAAAAUGAACACUUUGGAAACUUUAUCACA